CGCACACACGCGCGCGUCCGAUGGCUUGAGUCUCGCGCGUCCACGAAAUCCUCGUUUGGUGCGACGAGGCUUGCGUCACGCACGGGCUUUUCGCGAGUCACUUUCGUACGCAGCAGAAAUCGUGAUGCACAGAACACACAGUGUUUGAUUUCAGGUAGUUUCAGGUAGUGCGCCGCUUUAUUGGUGAAAAUGCAGGCAGCGAAACUAAACGCGCAACUCAAAUUACAAAUUGCUGCGGAAUUAAUGAGCAAGAAACAAUGCGCCUACGAACCAUACAAAUGUUCACAAACAGCCAUGAAGAAUUACAACUAUUGCCAGCAACACAUUCUAUCAGAUAAAACUGCUCCAUACAGACAAUGUUCAUACAUGUACAAUGGGGGCAAACACUGUCAUCAUCCAGCAUAUAAAUCAAGCAAAAAAGAAGGAUCUUUCUGCAAUGAACAUGCACUUAAAGCACAUCUUUUCAAGGCUAAACAGGGGACUCGAAUGCAACCACCUAAAAAUGCUGAAUCAAUAUUAUCUUCACUGUCUCAUUAUGUGAUGAAACCAAAGGCACCAAAUCAGAAUUUGGUUACAUCAAGUACCUAUAGGAACAGUGAUGAUGGUAAAUCAUCUCCUGAUUUUGCAGAUGCAAAAGUUACAAAGGCAUUGGAUCCACUUGUUGAUAUUGAUGCCUCAAGUGUGAUUGCUUCUUGCAGUGAUGUACUAGACUUAUGCAGUGAUUCUGAGAGUGAUAUUGAAGCCACAACUUUGUCUAAUGUUUGGCUGGAUGCUCAUGCAGACAGUUCUGAAGAUGAAAGCAUAGAUUCAGACAAUGAAGACUUUUUAAAACAUGCUAAUGUAUUAUCUGCUGAAGAAGUCACCCAAGUCGCCAAAGAUAAACUCAUACGCUUACAUUCGUUAUACGUGAAUCAAUACAGCCAUUUGUGCCAUCUACUGAAAGAAAAACGCAGGCAUUACCUGCAUGCAAUCAAAAAAGAGAAGGAGACUUGUUGUAGCAUGAGAAGUCAAGCUCUAGAAAGACCCAAAGACAUGGCAAUGUUUAAAAAACUAAAAGCUUACAAUCAAUACCAUAGAAAACACGGAGUUGACGCGAUUUUACGCAAGCGAUUAAUCGAAAUGCGCAUGAAAAUCACCGAAGGGCUUGUGUACAAGCCAACAAGUCAUUCCUGCAGGUGUACAUUUUCAGAAGGCGGCAUUAAAUGCACCGAGAGGGCUUUACCUGUUGCAAAACAUUGCAGAAAACAUAUACUCAAGGAUCCUAAUCAAGUAUUAUUCAGAGCCUGUGGUAAAAAGGGCGGCGAAGUAGUAUGCACCGCAGCUGUAGAAUCAAUCUUCGAGAAUCAAUCCUGCACACUACAUAGAGAAAUCCCGCCGAAACGCGUCUACUCACAGCUAAGAAAAGAAUCAGAAUCUGACAUGGAGGAAAUCUUAGACAAUAAAUACGUAAAAACAGAAUUUCUCCAUCAAAACGACUCGAUAGAUGACGAAACAGACACAAAAGAUGAAUCGCUUAGUGCUGAUGAAGACGCACUCGCCACUGAUUCAGCGCCCGAAAUGAAAGACGAAGCCAUGGACGAAUCAUCCAACGAAGAUGUUGACGUUGAGACUACAAUGGACGAAGUUAAACAAGCAAUUAACAGCACUUGACCUUAAUCAAUUGGGAUAACUAACUAAUAUUCAACAAAUAUUGUUGAUAUGUUUGUGUUUUCGUAAAGUAAAAAUGAAAAAAAAUUCUA